AUAUAGAGUUUCCCUCUGCUCUUUUUCUGCAGUCUUUGCUUUCAAGUAUAAAUAACUUCUAUUGAAACGCUUCGAAGGCUAUGGCUUCACUUCCGUUUCUUCGUCCUUGUCGUCUUUUUCUUCUUCUGUUCCUCGCGGUGGCAGUGGGGUGCUCCGGCGGCGGCGCUGCCUCCGGCUACAACCGCCCGAAGGCGAGAGAGACGCUCUUCGUUUCUGUAGCGGACGACGCUGAUGGCAACACUCCGCAACAGGUACAUAUAUCGAUGGUGGGACCGGACAGGAUGAGGGUGACGUGGAUAACGGAGAAUGAUGCGCCGGCGACGGUGGAUUACGGAACGGAGACGGAGAAUUACGGCAUGUCUAGUGUCGGAUCGACGUCGUCUUACUCGUACACGAUGCUUUAUAAAUCGGGCAACAUCCACGAGGCCGUGAUCGGUCCGUUGGUUCCAGGAACCGUGUAUUACUACCGCUGUAGCGGCAAUCCUUCGCGGGAGUUCUUCUUCAAGACGCCUCCGGCCAAGCUCCCCAUCAAAUUUGUUGUCAUCGGAGAUCUCGGCCAAACGGGAUGGACAAACUCCACCCUCACCCACAUCUCCAACGCUCGCCACGACGUCCUCCUCCUCCCCGGCGACCUCUCCUACGCCGACUUCUACCAGCCCCGCUGGGACUCCUUCGCCCGCCUCGUCGAGCCGCUCGCCUCCUCCCACCCAUGGAUGGUCACCCAAGGCAACCACGACAUCGAAUCCAUCCCCUUCCUCCAGCCCAAGCCCUUCAAAUCCUACAACGCCCGCUGGCACAUGCCCUUCGAGCAAAGCGACUCUCCGUCCAAUCUCUUCUACUCUUUCGACGCCGCCGGCGGUCAGGUCCACGUCGUCAUGCUCGGCUCUUACGCCGACUUUGAGGUCGGUUCGGAGCAGUAUGGGUGGCUGAAGGGGGAUUUGGAGAAGGUGGAUAGGGAGAGGACGGCGUGGGUGAUUGGGGUGCUGCACGCGCCGUGGUAUAAUACGAAUGAGGCGCAUCAGGGCGAGGGGGAGGGGAUGAGGAAGACGAUGGAGGAGGUGAUUUAUGAAGGCCGCGUCGACGUCGUUUUCGCCGGACACGUGCAUGCCUACGAACGCUUUGUAAGUGUCUAUAAAUUUUGGAAAAUUUACAUACAUAUCACUUUAUUUAAUGUUAUUUACAUAUCUAACACCAAAAAUAUUAAUAUUCCUCGGCCAUGGCCAGCUCGACGUCGUCAACUCCACGCAUGCUCUGUGGACCUGGCACCGCAACGACGACGACGAGCCGGUCGUCGCCGACAGCGUCUGGAUCACAAGCCUCGCAGCCAAUUCGGCUUGCAAGAAGCAGAAAUAAAUGAAGCGAGGAAUGAGCUUCUUCGUUGGAAAGGAGGCUCUUUUGUGGAUGAUAAGGGGAUAGAUAGCGAUGAGGACUAUACAUGUUCUUGCCUCAUCUUGUAGUAAGGAAAAUGAUGAUGAGGUUUGUGAAACAAGUUAUUAUUUGUAGCUUUAUGAAAUGAUUGAGUGCAAUAAAAAAAAAAGUAAAAAUAUUAUUUAUU